CCUCUGCAAACCCAGCCUCUGGGUUUUCUCAAAUGGCGGAGAAGCAAGCGAUGAUCGUCGCUGUUGAUGACAGUGAGCACAGCCCCUACACGCUGGAGUGGACGCUCGAUCACUUCUUCGUUCCUCUAGGUGACAGUGCCUUGUUCAAGCUUGUCAUCGUUCAUGCCAAACCUUCGGCUACUUCUUUCGUCUGCCUCACCAAACCUAGUAGCUACACAUGUGGUUUUCAGUACUUUUACUUGCUGAUUCUUUUUAAUUUUUUCUCCUUUUUGCUUAAUUUUGUUUGGUUUUGAUUGUAGCAGCUGUGGAGAUUUUUUCAUUAUGGGUGUUCUCAAACGCAGAUCUGGGUUUUCUCUCUCAAACUUCAUCUUCUUCCUCUUUUCCUCCUUCCUUUCCCUGCUUAUCAUUCUUUUUUCUUCUUCUUAUUCUUUCUCUUUCUCUUCUCCCUUCUUGUUUCUCCCCAGAUCUGGGUUUUUCUCAAACCCAGAUCUGGGUUUGAUAAAACCCAAGUUUGGGUUUGAGAAUCAACCCAGUCUCUUAUG